UACGUUGGUGGGGGGGAUCGAGGAGUUAAUAAAAGCGAAGCGCGAGAAGUGCGAGGUCAUUCAAUAUCGUAUCUUUGCUUAUAAAACGUGUGUUCAGUAAAACAAAAAAAAAAGAAAAAGUUUUCAGUGCUAUUCAAGUGUAUUGCAAAAAAUUUGUUUUUUUUUCAACAUUCAGUGAUUGGAAUUUGAAAAUUUGUGUUUCUCAACAAAAAAAUAAAAAAUUGUUCAACCAAUUUUUCUUACUGGGAAUUUGUUGAAAAAUCAAGUCCAGCAAGUCGUUAAAAAUUUAUCUCAAGUGCAAUUGCUGCUGCUGCUGUGAAUUGAAUAUAAAUAGAACGUCGUUAAAGGAGAAAAAAAAAUUACUCACCAAUAUGACCUGCGAGGAAGUACAGUGCAUGCCUUUCACAACUUUUGCUGAUAGAACAAAAUUGUGGAAGCGAAAAAAGAAUCGCAAUAUGAUGUCAACGGAAAGAAAAAUCACAUGCGGCUUACUGCCAACGUUACGAGUUUUGGCAACAACGAAAGUUUCCAGCACCAAAUGUCAAAGUAGCGUUUGUUUUUUACCAAAUGAAGGACAAACUGAUUCGGCGAGUCAUCUUCAAAUUACAUUGUUGGAAGCAUAUUGCCGUGAGAAUGGAAUUGAAGUUAUUCGUGUCUCUAAGGAUACAUUGAAAAAUAUGAUGUGUCCAACUGCAACAGAUUUAUCCUGCGUUCUAGUUACAUCCGAUGAACCAUAUUUCUUGGAGUCUCCUGAGUGAUUUUUAAGUACCACAGCGGAUAUUCUGGAAAAGAAAUUGAAGAAAUUCAACAUUGCGAAGUUUUUCUCUUGAGAUGAUGAUGAUGAUGAUGAGAGUUGUGUGGAAAAAAAGAAUGACGAGGAGGAAAAAAAAAAUUGACCCCUCUAAACAAGGAUUGAGUCGCUCGCAGAGAAGUGUUACUUCAAUCUGUCAAAGGAUCUUGGAAGCUUUAUCAAGUUCUUGAUUAUAUGACGCGGCGCAAAAGCGCAUCUAUACGAAUUGUCAAGAUUUACUACUGACAAAAGGGAAAAUAAUUCCAUUUUUAUUAUGUCACGACAAUUUAAGCUCUGAAUAUUCUUGGUUAAAUUAUUAGCGCCGAGAAUUUUCUUUUCUCUUCAGAGAGAGAGAAAUUUAAAAAAAAAUAAUCUAUUUUUUUCUCUUAAGUUUCUUAUUUACUGUAUUGUAAUUUGUAUCAAUAAAUGAAAUUAAUUUA